ACACGACGAAGAUAUACUACCGACGAUCCCGACGAAAUUCCUGCAAAAAACCAGAACUUCCCCGUCCAGCAUUUCGCGGCAAGCAAAACGUGGGCUGUGCCUACUCCCCACGCCCCCGGAACACUGGGCUGCACGUGUAGUUUAAGACCGGGCACAUCACCGAACGAACCCGUUACGUAUUAGUGUAUAACGAACAGCGAAAGUGUGUGAAAAAGUGAGCUUCUCUAAUUCACAACGCACAACCAGGAAGGGACUUUUUUUUUUGGAGAUUCGCUUAUUUUCCCUGCAGAACGUGUGUGUGUGUGGCAGUAUCAGCGUGGCACAGCCCAGAUCAAACACCUGUCGAAAAGGGAACAGGGAUUACAGUGUGUGUUGCAGAGGAUCGAUUUCCCACGUUUUCCAUUUCGCAGCAUUCGUCUGCGUGAUUUCGUAAUGUGAAGAAGCAGUGCGCGAUCGACGUGUGUUUAGUGGUGGUGGUGGUGGUAGUGGGGUCAGAAUUUUCCGUAGUACCGGGGGAGAAAUGUAUCAUCCCCAGGCCUGUUAAAGGCAAAGUAUUUCAAGUAGGAAAGCGAUCGUUUUUAAGCAAUUGGACCAUUCUGCGCGAAAGUGUAAUAGGAAUCCAAUUGGAAAUUCUACUUGCCAAGUGGAAAAGCGAAUACGAAACAACACACACACUAAACGAAAGUGAAGUGAAGAGGUGAAGUGUUUGCGGCGCGUGGUGCUUGGUUGGUUGAGAUCGAGUUGCGUGAUCGGAAGGAAGGUUUUGUUUUUGAGGGAAAUUCUGUGCUGCUGCUGCUGCUAGCAGAGACGACGACGCCGCCCCCGGCCACAGUAUGGGGAGCAACUGCUGCAAGGGUGAGGCAGGCACCCAGGUGUACAAAGGGAAUGGCACCGAAAUAUCGAUUGGACCUCGGCAACGGAAAAGCCCCGUCUACGUGGAGAUGAUGCGCGAGGAAACAUUCCAAGUGGAUGAAACGCCACACUUUGGGGCACCAUUUUUCCUAAGGAAGCUUAGUGACUAUACGGUGCUGGUGGGGACGAAAGCGAAACUGUCGGUGCACAUUUCCAACACUAAGGACGUAAAGGUCACCUGGUUGAAGGAUGAGGUACCGCUCGCCGAGUCGGAACGGUACGUGUGUACGAGCAAGGGCCAGCUGCACUCGCUCGACAUUGCGACCGUACUGCCCGAAGAUAAUGCCAAAUGGUCCUGUCAGGCGGAGAACCUGCUGGGCAAAUGUGUCUGCAGUGGACAGCUAACGGUGCGAGUGCCAGAAACGUACAAAGCGCCCGAGUUUGUCGACGAGCUGCGGGCCAUCCUUACCAGCCAGGGUACGAUCUCGCUGGAGUGCAAGGUGAUCGGCUACCCGACGCCGGAACUGCGCUGGUACAAGGACGAGAAGGAGAUCAAGGCGGGCGAUAUGUUCGGGCUGUCCAUCAACGGGGGUGAUUUGGCAUCGCUCGGCGUGUACACCUGCGUGGCGACGAACUGUGUCGGCCGCAGCCGCUCCAGCUCGAAGGUUCGCGUGCAGGAGCAGGACACGAUUGCGAAGGAAAAAAUGAUCGAUAAAAUUUCACCGGUGUUUAUCGAAGAACUCGAAAGAAUUAAGGGCAAAAUAGGCGAUCGACUGGAGCUGCGUUGCAAAAUCAAUCUAUCUGCAGCUCCGCUCAGUGUGCGAUGGUACAACCAGAAUGGGCUGAUCGAAGCGAACGAAAAGUAUUCGAUAUUCGAGGACGGGUUGGGUUGCUUUCUGGUCGACAUCAAUGCGGCCGAACUGUGCGACGCGGGCGAGUGGAAGUGCGUGAUCACGUGCAAGGACGGUCUGAUCGGCAUCACCACCAAUGUGGUGGAGCUGGACGUGCCCCGGAACUACCGUGCGCCCCGGUUUAUGGAGGGCCUGAAAGCGGUCAUGACGGACGAGGGGCUCGUCUCGUUCGAGUGCAAGGUGAUCGGUUUCCCGACGCCCAUCCUGCGCUGGUACAAGGACGGCCGGGAGCUAAAGCCGGGCGACGUGUACCACCUGACCGGUGUGAACUCGCUCGGCUCGUACUGCUGCGUGGCCCGCAACAGUCUCGGCGAGGCAUCGAGCACCACCUUCCUCUCGGUGAACGACAUCAAGGCGCAGCUGAACGAGGAGGAGUGGCUCAACCUGCUGCAGGUUAAUCAGGCGCCCGUGUUCAAGCAGGGGCUGAACAGCCGCGAUGUCAACAUUGCCGAACCGUUCCGCCUGACGGUGGUGGUAAGCUCCGUGUCGAAGCCCACGGUCUGCUGGUACAAGGACGAUCUGGUGGUGGACGGUUCGGACAACUGCAAGCUGACGGCGGACGACAGCACCUACACGUACCACCUGGACGUCGUGGUGGCCCAGCUGGACGAUCAGGGCGAGUGGAAGUGUGUGGCGUCGAACGAGUUCGGCCAGGCCGGCACGUCCUGCUUCGUGAAGCUGAUCAUACCGAAGCACUACCGGAAGCCGAAGUUCCUGGAAAACCUGAAGGCGGUGAUGCUGCGUGACGGCACGGUCAACCUGGAGUGCAAGGUGAUCGGGGUGCCGCAGCCGGUGCUGAAGUGGUACAAGGACGGGACCGAGCUGAAGCCGGGCGACAUUCAUCGCAUCAUUACCGGGCAGGACGGCAAGUGCUGCUUGGGCACGUAUACGUGCGAGGCGGUCAACUGCAUGGGCUCGGUAAGCAGUACCGCCUCGCUGCACGGCUACGACGGGAUAGCGGACGAAGGGCCGCUCCCACCGGAGGGGGCGGCUGCCGGCCCGCUAGUGAAGGACGCGUCCCUGUCCACCAUCCACGAGGAGCGCACGUCGCAGAUGUUCGAUACGGCCGCGUCGUACGAGAGUGCGGCCAGCAAUGGGCGGGGCGAGAUCUCGUUCACCUUCGACGGCAAGGAGGUGUCGGUGUCGCUGUACGAAACGCCCGAGCUGACGAACGACGAGGCGCUGCAGAUAGUGCAGAUGUUUGCCGACCAGCUGCACCAGAACAUUAACGAAAACGAAAACGUGACCAGCCUGCCGUCGCUGCGGUUCGUGAAGGAAACGUCCACGUCCGGGCAGCUGGUGAUGGAGGCGCUCGUCAUCGACGUGCCGGUGGUCGAGGACAGCAACGUGUUCGAGGACGAUCGGCGCACCGACUUCGACAUCGACGAGAUGCACGACGAGAACACGUUCACGUUCGAGAGCGGCAUCGCGUCGUCGAAGGUGCGGACGCACCGGCAGAGCAGCGGCGAGCAGGACGAGUUCCGCAGCAUGACCCCGUCCGACCACUCGGACCUGGAGCAGGACGUGAUGAUGAGCAUACUGAGCCGGGACAGUCUGCCCGUACUGACGAGCCCGGCCAAGACGACGGACGGAGGAGGAGCGUCCGGCGGUGCGGAUACGGCCGAACGCUUGCUGUCGCUGGUGGAGACGGUCGUCUUCCAUCUCGCCUCGAUACGGGAGGAGGUUCGCAAUCAGACGGACCUUGCCAUGACGCCCAGCUUCUUGGAGCGAAGCGAGAAGAUUUUGGCCGACAUCUUGUAUCCGGUGCAGCAGCUGCACAAACAGCUGGCCGGCCGCCCGGUGGUGCUGGAGAGCCUGCUCGGCCCCGUCGAACAUCUGGCCCGCGGGCUGAGCGUGGUGGAGAAGUGUGUGCAGAUCGGCGGGUACAGCCGCACGUUCGUGUACCGCACGAGCGUCUGCAUUGUGGAGGGCUGCGGUAAGCAGAUCCUGAACUGUCUGACCGAUAUGCGGCUGCUGGCCGGCCAGCAGCCGGAGGCGGACUUUGUCACCCAGCAAAAGAUCUACAUGGCGCUGCUGGAGGUACAGACGAGCAUCGAGUCGGCGCAGGAAAGCAUCCAGUCGCAGCGCAUCCUGCAGGAGGCGGACUCGGUCGCGGCGAUGCAGGACCUGUCCAGCAUCGUCACCAAUCGCUCCAUCUUCGAGGACAUCGAUUUCAUCCUGAAGGCGGACGAACCGAUCGGCGGGCUGCAGAUCAAAAACCUGCAGAUCACGGUGCUGGAGUUCGAGAAGUCGCUCGCCACCAUACUGACGAUCGUUUCGCAGUCGGACAGCUGCAACGUGCGGUCGGAAAUUGCCCGCUUUGGGCUGACGGAGGUGCUGCUAGAGCUGAAGAACAAGACGGAGGUGCUGCUGGUGCAGAGCGCCGAGCAGCGCCAGCAGCGAAUCGUGGCGGAGGAAAUGAAACCGGCCGUUACCGAGCUGAGCAGCCUGGUCGAGCUGGUCGAGGCGAGCGCAUCGUACGCGGAGGUGAUCACCUGUCUCAACGAUAUGUUUGUGCCGCUGGAGGAAAUGAAAGCGGCCCUGUCGAAGCUGUCGAGCGAGCUGCGCCAUGUGCCGGAAAGGGAGUACAGCAGCAAUCAGGCGCUCGAGCAGCAGAUUGAAGAGUUUUACGAGAUGAUCGUACACCUCAAGGAGGAAAUACAGCGCACGAGCAAGGAGUACACCCGCAAUGGGGACGUGUUUGUGCGGCUGGAAGAUUGUCUCAAUCGGCUGUUUUGCAUCCACACGGCCGAUUCGAUCGACGACGAGGAGUGCGCUCGGAUGGAGAUUGUGCUGAUCCAGCUGCUGAUGAACCAUCUGACGAAGCUUGAGCUGGCGCUGCAGGAGAAGUCCGAGCAGGAGAUGCUGUCAUACAUGUCGACGGCUUUCCUGAACGUGCAUGACAAUUUGCAGCACUUUAGCUAUAUGCGCUCGAACAAUAAGUACGAGAAGAUACGGCAAGACAUACUGCAGCACGCCAGAAAGAUGGUGUUUUUCCUGAUUGAAAGGGAGUCUUCCGUCACGGCGACCGAGGAACGCCGCAAGGCCAUCUAUGAGAUUGCGCUCUUUUCUAUCCAUAACGAUUCGGCACGGAUGAGGGAAGGUUUGGAGAAGGAUUUCUUCGAACUGCUGGGAGAUGCUGACAGUGCUCACCGGUUGCUGAAAUGCUUGCAUGAGUUUGACGAGUGUGCAACUUUGUGUUUGAAAACUCACGAGCAGUCCGUAUUUGCGGACAAUGAGGCAGCAUUUGCAUCUUUGUUGAAGUUGGCAACUGCUAUGCGCCAGUCCUGUGAGACGGUGGAAGAUCAGAUCAUGAAUAAUUCAUUCGAUCAUUGCAAGGUUUUAACUUCCUUGGAGUUUCUCCAUGGUGCUGCGGACGAUUAUUCGCAAAGUAAUGAAAACGGUAUGGCUCUGCUGUGUCAGAACUUGUGUGAAGAUUUGAAUCUGUUGAUAAUGACUUGUAAGCGAAAGCAGGUAAAGAGUACGGAUAUUAGUGAAACUGUAUCAACGAGUACACUAGAUUCGUUAAAAACAAGCGUGAUAGAAAUCAGAAAAACUAUGCAAGCUAAAUCAUCUACGCUCAACAUCGAGCAGCCACUCAGUGCUUUAGAGUGUACGAUCAACGAGCUUGUGGAUCAGCACAUGCAGUUGGAUAGUGUUGAGCUGGUGAAUGCCAUUGCAACUCCUAUUGCGAAGGUGACAGAGACCUUGAAGAACAUCGAUCUCCAGUCGGCUCAUGUGGAACCGACGGUAGUGAUGGAGGAUUGUUUGCUGCAGAUGUGCGAGUCGCUUGAAAAGGCACAGUCUGAGCAUUCAUUGGAACAGGCCAAAGAGGGCACAGUUCAUAGCAAACUGCUCGAGACGGUUACUCAUGUACAGCACGAUAUCCGCGAGUGUAUCCAGCUGGAGAAGGACACUCGGGCCAAGGCAUCUCAGAUGCAACAGGGCGCUCUGGAGUCGCUGAAGCAAUCGUUGUCUGAUGUCCAACAGCUCAUCCAGACAGAGAUUGUAGUGAAGGAGGUGUCGAAGCCGUUGUUCGCUUUGGAGAGUACGAUCAACGAGCUCGUCGGCCAGCCUAUGAAGCUUGAGAGCAUUGAGCUGGUGAAUGCCAUUGCAACUCCUAUUGCGAAGGUGACAGAGACCUUGAAGAACAUCGAUCUGCAGUCGGCUCAUGUGGAACCGACGGUAGUGAUGGAGGAUUGUUUGCUGCAGAUGUGCGAGUCGCUUGAAAAGGCACAGUCUGAGCAUUCAUUGGAACAGGCCAAAGAGGGCACAGUUCAUAGCAAACUGCUCGAGACGGUCACUCAUGUACAGCACGACAUCCGCGAGUGUAUCCAGAUGGAGAAGGACACUCGGGCCAAGGCAUCUCAGAUGCAACAGGGCGCUCUGGAGUCGCUGAAACAAUCGUUGUCGGAUGUCCAACAGCUCAUUCAGACAGAGAUUGUAGUGAAGGAGGUGUCGAAGCCGUUGUUCGCUUUGGAGAGUACGAUCAACGAGCUCGUCGGCCAGCCUAUGAAGCUUGAGAGCAUUGAGCUGGUGAAUGCCAUUGCAACUCCUAUUGCGAAGGUAACAGAGACCUUGAAGAACAUCGAUCUGCAGUCGGCUCAAGUAGAGCCGACGGUAGUGAUGGAGGAUUGUUUGCUGCAGAUGUGCGAGUCGCUUGAAAAGGCACAGUCUGAGCAUUCAUUGGAACAGGCCAAAGAGGGCACAGUUCAUAGCAAACUGCUCGAGACGGUCACUCAUGUACAGCACGACAUCCGCGAGUGUAUCCAGAUGGAGAAGGACACUCGGGCCAAGGCAUCUCAGAUGCAACAGGGCGCUCUGGAGUCGCUGAAACAAUCGUUGUCGGAUGUCCAACAGCUCAUUCAGACAGAGAUUGUAGUGAAGGAGGUGUCGAAGCCGUUGUUCGCUUUGGAGAGUACGAUCAACGAGCUCGUCGGCCAGCCUAUGAAGCUUGAGAGCAUUGAGCUGGUGAAUGCCAUUGCAACUCCUAUUGCGAAGGUGACAGAGACCUUGAAGAACAUCGAUCUGCAGUCGGCUCAUGUGGAACCGACGGUAGUGAUGGAGGAUUGUUUGCUGCAGAUGUGCGAGUCGCUUGAAAAGGCACAGUCUGAGCAUUCAUUGGAACAGGCCAAAGAGGGCACAGUUCAUAGCAAACUGCUCGAGACGGUCACUCAUGUACAGCACGAUAUCCGCGAGUGUAUCCAGAUGGAGAAGGACACUCGGGCCAAGGCAUCUCAGAUGCAACAGGGCGCUCUGGAGUCGCUGAAGCAAUCGUUGUCUGAUGUCCAACAGCUCAUCCAGACAGAGAUUGUAGUGAAGGAGGUGUCGAAGCCGUUGUUCGCUUUGGAGAGUACGAUCAACGAGCUCGUCGGCCAGCCUAUGAAGCUUGAGAGCAUUGAGCUGGUGAAUGCCAUUACAACUCCUAUUGCGAAGGUGACCGAGAUCUUGAAGAACAUCGAUCUGCAGUCGGCUCAUGUGGAACCGACGGUAGUGAUGGAGGAUUGUUUGCUGCAGAUGUGCGAGUCGCUUGAAAAGGCACAGUCUGAGCAUUCAUUGGAACAGGCCAAAGAGGGCACAGUUCAUAGCAAACUGCUCGAGACGGUCACUCAUGUACAGCACGAUAUCCGCGAGUGUAUCCAGAUGGAGAAGGACACUCGGGCCAAGGCAUCUCAGAUGCAACAGGGCGCUCUGGAGUCGCUAAAGCAAUCGUUGUCUGAUGUCCAACAGCUCAUCCAGACAGAGAUUGUAGUGAAGGAGGUGUCGAAGCCGUUGUUCGCUUUGGAGAGUACGAUCAACGAGCUCGUCGGCCAGCCUAUGAAGCUUGAGAGCAUUGAGCUGGUGAAUGCCAUUACAACUCCUAUUGCGAAGGUGACCGAGACCUUGAAGAACAUCGAUCUGCAGUCGGCUCAUGUGGAACCGACGGUAGUGAUGGAGGAUUGUUUGCUGCAGAUGUGCGAGUCGCUUGAAAAGGCACAGUCUGAGCAUUCAUUGGAACAGGCCAAAGAGGGCACAGUUCAUAGCAAACUGCUCGAGACGGUCACUCAUGUACAGCACGACAUCCGCGAGUGUAUCCAGAUGGAGAAGGACACUCGGGCCAAGGCAUCUCAGAUGCAACAGGGCGCUCUGGAGUCGCUGAAGCAAUCGUUGUCUGAUGUCCAACAGCUUAUCCAGACAGAGAUUGUAGUGAAGGAGGUGUCGAAGCCGUUGUUCGCUUUGGAGAGUACGAUCAACGAGCUCGUCGGCCAGCCUAUGAAGCUUGAGAGCAUUGAGCUGGUGAAUGCCAUUGCAACUCCUAUUGCGAAGGUGACAGAGACCUUGAAGAACAUCGAUCUGCAGUCGGCUCAUGUGGAACCGACGGUAGUGAUGGAGGAUUGUUUGCUGCAGAUGUGCGAGUCGCUUGAAAAGGCACAGUCUGAGCAUUCAUUGGAACAGGCCAAAGAGGGCACAGUUCAUAGCAAACUGCUCGAGACGGUUACUCAUGUACAGCACGAUAUCCGCGAGUGUAUCCAGCUGGAGAAGGACACUCGGGCCAAGGCAUCUCAGAUGCAACAGGGCGCUCUGGAGUCGCUGAAGCAAUCGUUGUCUGAUGUCCAACAGCUCAUCCAGACAGAGAUUGUAGUGAAGGAGGUGUCGAAGCCGUUGUUCGCUUUGGAGAGUACGAUCAACGAGCUCGUCGGCCAGCCUAUGAAGCUUGAGAGCAUUGAGCUGGUGAAUGCCAUUGCAACUCCUAUUGCGAAGGUAACAGAGACCUUGAAGAACAUCGAUCUGCAGUCGGCUCAAGUAGAGCCGACGGUAGUGAUGGAGGAUUGUUUGCUGCAGAUGUGCGAGUCGCUUGAAAAGGCACAGUCUGAGCAUUCAUUGGAACAGGCCAAAGAGGGCACAGUUCAUAGCAAACUGCUCGAGACGGUCACUCAUGUACAGCACGACAUCCGCGAGUGUAUCCAGAUGGAGAAGGACACUCGGGCCAAGGCAUCUCAGAUGCAACAGGGCGCUCUGGAGUCGCUGAAACAAUCGUUGUCGGAUGUCCAACAGCUCAUUCAGACAGAGAUUGUAGUGAAGGAGGUGUCGAAGCCGUUGUUCGCUUUGGAGAGUACGAUCAACGAGCUCGUCGGCCAGCCUAUGAAGCUUGAGAGCAUUGAGCUGGUGAAUGCCAUUGCAACUCCUAUUGCGAAGGUGACAGAGACCUUGAAGAACAUCGAUCUGCAGUCGGCUCAUGUGGAACCGACGGUAGUGAUGGAGGAUUGUUUGCUGCAGAUGUGCGAGUCGCUUGAAAAGGCACAGUCUGAGCAUUCAUUGGAACAGGCCAAAGAGGGCACAGUUCAUAGCAAACUGCUCGAGACGGUCACUCAUGUACAGCACGAUAUCCGCGAGUGUAUCCAGAUGGAGAAGGACACUCGGGCCAAGGCAUCUCAGAUGCAACAGGGCGCUCUGGAGUCGCUAAAGCAAUCGUUGUCUGAUGUCCAACAGCUUAUCCAGACAGAGAUUGUAGUGAAGGAGGUGUCGAAGCCGUUGUUCGCUUUGGAGAGUACGAUCAACGAGCUCGUCGGCCAGCCUAUGAAGCUUGAGAGCAUUGAGCUGGUGAAUGCCAUUACAACUCCUAUUGCGAAGGUGACCGAGACCUUGAAGAACAUCGAUCUGCAGUCGGCUCAUGUGGAACCGACGGUAGUGAUGGAGGAUUGUUUGCUGCAGAUGUGCGAGUCGCUUGAAAAGGCACAGUCUGAGCAUUCAUUGGAACAGGCCAAAGAGGGCACAGUUCAUAGCAAACUGCUCGAGACGGUCACUCAUGUACAGCACGAUAUCCGCGAGUGUAUCCAGAUGGAGAAGGACACUCGGGCCAAGGCAUCUCAGAUGCAACAGGGCGCUCUGGAGUCGCUAAAGCAAUCGUUGUCUGAUGUCCAACAGCUCAUCCAGACAGAGAUUGUAGUGAAGGAGGUGUCGAAGCCGUUGUUCGCUUUGGAGAGUACGAUCAACGAGCUCGUCGGCCAGCCUAUGAAGCUUGAGAGCAUUGAGCUGGUGAAUGCCAUUGCAACUCCUAUUGCGAAGGUGACAGAGACCUUGAAGAACAUCGAUCUGCAGUCGGCUCAUGUGGAACCGACGGUAGUGAUGGAGGAUUGUUUGCUGCAGAUGUGCGAGUCGCUUGAAAAGGCACAGUCUGAGCAUUCAUUGGAACAGGCCAAAGAGGGCACAGUUCAUAGCAAACUGCUCGAGACGGUCACUCAUGUACAGCACGACAUCCGCGAGUGUAUCCAGAUGGAGAAGGACACUCGGGCCAAGGCAUCUCAGAUGCAACAGGGCGCUCUGGAGUCGCUGAAGCAAUCGUUGUCUGAUGUCCAACAGCUUAUCCAGACAGAGAUUGUAGUGAAGGAGGUGUCGAAGCCGUUGUUCGCUUUGGAGAGUACGAUCAACGAGCUCAUCGGCCAGCCUAUGAAGCUUGAGAGCAUUGAGCUGGUGAAUGCCAUUACAACUCCUAUUGCGAAGGUGACCGAGAUCUUGAAGAACAUCGAUCUGCAGUCGGCUCAUGUGGAACCGACGGUAGUGAUGGAGGAUUGUUUGCUGCAGAUGUGCGAGUCGCUUGAAAAGACACAGUCUGAGCAUUCAUUGGAACAGGCCAAGGAGGGCACAGUUCAUAGCAAACUGCUCGAGACGGUCACUCAUGUACAGCACGACAUCCGCGAGUGUAUCCAAAUAGAGAAGGACGCACGAGAAAAACAUAAUAGUUCAAUUAGGAAAGAAGAUAAUGCGAUUAUGAUAAAGAAGGAAAAGGAAGAGACCAAGAAAAAGAAGGAGGAGGAAGAGGAUAAGGAGAUGAAGGAAGAAGAAAAAGCUAAGAAGACUAAAGAUGAAGAAGAAGCCAAGAAGAUGAAAGAAGAGGCUGAAGUCAGCAAUAAGAAAUCAGAAGAGGAAUAUAAGAAAAAGAUAGAUGAAACAGAAACUGAGACAAAGGCAGAAGAAAGUAACAAAAAGAAAGAAGAGGAAGGGGCCAUUAAGAAUAAGAAAGAAGAAGAAGCUAUACAGAUUAAGCUUGAUAAAGAAAAGAAGGAAGCAGAAGAAAUCAAUAAAAAUCUGAAAGAGGAAGAAGCCAAGAAAAAUCAGAUAGAGCAAGAAGCCAAGAAGAAGAAGGAGGAGGAAGAUACCAAGAAGAAGAAGGAAGAAGAAGCCAAAAAGAAGAAAGAAGAGGAAGAAGUUAAGAAGAAGAAGGCUGAAGAAGAGGCUAAGAAGAAAGAAGAGGAAGAAGUUAAGAAGAAGAAGGCUGAAGAAGAGGCUAAGAAGAAGAAGGCUGAAGAAGAGGCCAAGAAGAAGAAGGAAGAAGAGGAAAUCAAGAAGAAGAAUGAAGAGGAAGAAGCCAAGAAGAAAAAAGAAGAGGAAGAAGCCAAGAAGAAAAAAGAAGAAGAAGCUAAGAAGAAGGCUGAAGAAGAGGCUAAGAAGAAGAAGGAAGAGGAGGAUGCCAAGAAGAAGCAGGAUGAAGAAGCUGCCAAGAAGAAGAAGGAAGAGGAAGAGGCCAAGAAGAAGAAGGAAGAGGAAGAAGCCAAGAAAAAGAAGGCUGAAGAAGAGGCUAAGAAGAAGAAGGAAGAGGAAGCUGCCAAGAAGAAGAAGGAAGAGGAAGAGGCCAAGAAGAAGCAGGAUGAGGAAGCUGCCAAGAAAAAGAAAGAAGAGGUAGAAGCCAAGAAGCAGAAGGAAGAGGAAGAAGUCAAGAAGAAGAAAGAAGAGGAAGAAGCCAGAAAGAAGAAGGAAGAAGAAGAAGCCAGAAAGAAGAAGGAAGAGGAAGAAGCCAAGAAGAAGCAAGAAGAAGAAGUCAAGAAGAAGAAAGAAGAAGAAAUCAAGAAGAAGGCUGAAGAAGAGGCUAAGAAGAAGAAGGAAGAGGAAGAAAUCAAGAAGAAGGAAGAGGAAGAAGCCAAGAAGAAGAAGGAAGAAGAAGAGGCCAAGAAGAAGAUGGAAGAGGAAGAAGCCAAGAAAAAGAAGGCUGAAGAAGAGGCUAAGAAGAAGAAGGAAGAGGAAGACGCCAAGAAGAAGCAGGAAGAGGAAGCAGCCAAGAAGAAGAAAGAAGAGGAAGAAGCCAGAAAGAAGAAGGAAGAAGAAGAAGCCAGAAAGAAUAAGGAAGAAGAAGAAGCCAAGAAGAAUCAGGAAGAGGAAGCAGCCAAGAAAAAGAAGGAAGAGGAAGAAGCCAAGAAGAAGAAGGAAGAAAAAGAAGCCAAGAAGAAGAAAGAAGCGGAAGAAGCCAAGAAGAAGAAAGAAGCGGCAGAAGCCAAGAAGAAGAAGGAAGAAGAAGAAGCCAAGAAGAAGGAAGAGGAAGAAGUAAAGAAGAAGAAAGAAGAAGAAGUCAAGAAGAAGGCUGAAGACGAGGCCAAGAAGAAGAAGGAAGAGGAAGAAAUCAAGAAGAAGAAGGAAGAGGAAGAAUCCAAGAAGAAGGCUGAAGAAGAGGCCAAGAAGAAGAAGGAAGAGGAAGCAGCUAUGAAGAAGAAGGAAGAGGAAGAAUUCAAGAAGAAGGCGGAAGAAGAGGCUAAGAAAAAGAAGGCUGAAGAAGAAGCCAAGAAAAAGAAGGAAGAAGAAGAGGCCAAGAAGAAGAUGGAAGAGGAAGAAGCCAAGAAGAAGAAGGAAGAGGAAGAAGCCAAGAAGAAGAAGAAAGAGGAAGAAGUCAGGCUGAAGAAGGAAAUGGAAGAAGUUAAGAAGAAGAAGGCUGAAGAAGAAGCUAAGAAGAAGAAGGAAGAGGAAGCAACCAAGAAGAAGAAGGAAGAGGAAGAAGCCAAGAAGAAGCAGGAAGAGGAAGAAGCCAAAAAGAAGAAUCAAGCGGAAGAGGUCAAAAAGAAGCAGCAAGAGGAAGCAGUCAAGAAGAAGAAGGAAGAGGAAGAAGUUAAGAAGAAGAAGGCUGAAGAAGAAGCCAAGAAGAAGGAAGAAGAAGAAAUCAAGAAGAAGAAGGAAGAGGAAGAAGUCAAGAAGAAGCAGGAAGAGGAAGAAGCCAAUAAGAAGAAGGCUGAAGACGAGGCUAAGAAAAAGAAGGCUGAAGAAGAAGCCAAGAAAAAGAAGGAAAAGGAAGAGGCCAAGAAGAAGAUGGAAGAGGAAGAAGCUAAGAAGAAGGAAGAGGAAGAAGCCAAGAAGAAGGUGGAAGAAGCGGCUAAGAAAAAGAAAGAAGAGGAAGAAGCCAAGAAGAAAAUGGAAGAGGAAGAAGCUAAAAAGAAGGAAGAGGAAGAAGUUAAGAAGAAGAAGAAAGAAGAAGAAGCCGAGAAGAAGAAAGCUGAAGACGAGGCUAAGAAAAAGAAGACUGAAGAAGAAGCCAAGAAAAAGAAGGAAGAGGAAGAGGCCAAGAAGAAGAUGGAAGAGGAAGAAGCUAAGAAGAAGAAGGAAGAGGAAGAGUUCCAGAAGAAGAGGGAAGAGGAUGCAGCUAUCAAGAAGAAGGAAGAGGAAGAACUCAAGAAGAAGAAGGAAGAGGAAGAAGCUAAGAAGAAGCAAGAAGAAGAAGUCAAGAAGAAGAAAGAAGAAGAAAUCAAGAAGAAGGCUGAAGAAGAGGCUAAGAAGAAGAAGGAAGAGGAAGAAAUCAAGAAGAAGGAAGAAGAAGAAGCCAAGAAGAAGAAGGCUGAAGAAGAGGCUAAGAAGAAGAAGGAAGAGGCUAAGAAGAAGAAGGAAGAGGAAGAAGCUAAGAAGAAGAAGGAAGAGGAAGAAGGCAAGAAGAAGAAGGAAGAGGAAGAAGCCAAGAAGAAGAAGGCUGAGGAAGAUGCCAAGAAGAAGAAGGCGGAAGAAGAGGCUAAGAAGAAGGAAGAGGAAGACGCCAAGAAGAAGAAGGAAGAGGAAGCUGCCAAGAAGGAGAAGGAAGAGGAAGCUGCCAAGAAGAAGAAGGUAGAGGAAGAAGCCAAGAAGAAGAAGGAAGAGGAAGAUGCCAAAAAGAAGCAAGAAGAAGAAGCAGCUAAGAAGAAGAAGGAAGAAGAAGAAGCCAAUAAGAAGAAAGAAGAGGCAGAAGUUAAGAAGAAGAAAGCUGAAGAAGAGGCUAAGAAGAAGAAGGAAGAGGAAGACGCCAAGAAGAAGCAGGAUGAAGAAGCUGCCAAGAAGAAGAUGAAGGAAGAGGAACAGGCCAAGAAGAAGAAGGAAGAGGAAGAAGCCAAGAAAAAGAAGGCUGAAGAAGAGGCCAAGAAGAAGAAGGAAGAAGAAAAUGCCAAGAAGAAGAAAGAAGAGGAUGAAGCUAGAAAGAAAAAAGAAGUAGAAGAGACCAAGAAGAAGGCCGAGGCAGAAGCUAAGAGAAAGAAGGAAGAGGAAGACAUCAAGAAGAAAAAGGAAGAAGAAGAAGCAAAUAAAAAGGAAAAGAUGAAGAAGAAAGAUGAGGAAGAAAUCAAAGAGAAGGAAGAAAAGGAAAAAGCAAAACAAAAGAAGGCGGAAGCAGAAACAAAGAAACAAAAGGAAGAAGACGAAGCUAAGAAGACAAUACAGAAAGAAGAAAAUACUAAGCAGAAGGCGGAAGAGGAAAAGAUAAGGAAAAAGAGCAAGAAAACAGAAGAAGCUGAGGUAAGGAUGGUACAGGAAACGAAUGAAACUAAGCAGCAAAAGAAAGAAGAUGAAGUUCAGAGGAAGAUAGGAGAUACAGCGCAAGCCGCUGUGGUGAUGAUGAAGAAAUCGGAAGAUACUAUUCAGCAGGAAAAGACUAUUGCUAAGGUUCAAACCGUCCUAGACAAUGUGCAUGAACUGCUGCUGGAAAUCAAGCGUAUGUUCCUAACCAAUAGUGCGGGAAAAAAUUUGUCCUCUGCACUUAAAAAUGUUAAGCUUAGCAUGAUGACCUCUGCCGAUCUCGAGCGUUGCGAGGUUCAAAUGCCACUUGUGAAGCAUUUCCACGCUCCAAUCGCUACAUGGAUCACCACCUUGUCUCAGAUUGACCUUUACUCAGCGCAGUCCGAGACAUGGAAAGUGCUGGAAGAUAGCCUUCUGCAAUUGGUGGAUUCAUUUGGCCAGUUGCCACAACGAAGCGAACAGCUUCAAGUUACGGAAUGGAGAACCGUUUACACACUUUACAAAACCGUAAUGGUACUGCUCACCGAAGUAAGACAAUGCAUUUACCAAAGACGUUCAACGCAGGCAGAAGCAGAACUCGCGCUAAGCAAAACGAGCGUGGAACUGCAGUUGCUGCAGAAGGAUCUUGAGUACAUUCAGCUGAACUUCGGUUCGGAUCGGGUAGAUCUUACCUCAAAGACCGUACAGUCCUACUUUGUGCAAAUUUGUAAAUCCUUAACCCUGCUGCAUCCGUCCGUGGUGGCCACUGUCCAGAAGCCGUCUUACGCGACCUGCGUAAACAUUCUGCAGCAGCUUACCAUUCCCGUGCACGAUCUGGUGAGCGUUCUGCCGCCAAGCACGAGCGCGGGAGACGCUGAAGCCUUGAAUCCGGCACUGAAGCAUAACUUGAGACAGUUGUAUCGCAUCGUAUCGCUAAUUUCGCAGCAGCACCUUACCAGGGUGCGCAAUGAGCGCGAAGUUACGAUCGUGGAGGAGAUCAAGCGGCAACUUCUUAGCCUGGACCGGCUGCUGAAGGCGCUGCUUGAUCUGCACAGCAAGACGGAACAGCAGAAGGAUCUGCUGGAAAUGGUUCGUAAGAAUUUGGCCACGCUCAAGAGCGUCAUGCUGCAGGUUAGGACGACCUGCUGCCUGCAGACGCUGGUCGAGAAGGACGACCAGCUGCUGGGCGCGUUCGAGCUGGUAAUUGAACGGCUAACGGUGAACCCGCUGCAGCUCGACUCCGUCGAGUAUCUUCGUUUGCUAGCAGAGUCUCUGGAGCGGUACUGCGACGUGAUGCGCAGGCUCGGCAGCAAUGGGACGAUUUCCGACUGGCUGUUGCGCUACCAGCUGCAACUGCUCAAGAUCUUCGACACGAUCGAGUUUUGUCUGAGCGAGGAACAGUUCAUAGUGAUCGGUAGCAAGGAGAAGUACACCCGCACCAGCACGCAGGAUGCGAUACAUGCGGUGAAGCAGCUGAUAACGCACUACAAGAUCGCCAGCAGUCAGGAGGUGCGUCGGGAGCAAAAGUCGGAACAGACGCACAUCCAGCUGAUUGCCGCCCGCCAGGGACUUACGGACGAGGCGGACUCGGUGACGGGCGGUGACCGGGAAAGAAGUACCCGCCGCACGGUAGACGCGCGGCAGAGCCGGGCGGAUGCGGUGCGGCGCCAUGCCACCCGUAGCCCGGUCGGGCAGCGUGACGAUCCGCCCCGCAGCUCGUCCAGGUGCAGCCUGGGCGCGUUACCGUCCAAGCGCGGGCCAUCGUUUGCGGUGUACCUGAAGAACGUGUUCAUCGAGCGCGAUCACAGCUUCAAGCUGCUGUGCGUGGUGCUGGACUCGGAGAUUGACGUCCGGUGGACGAAGGAUGGCAGCGACAUCGCACCAACCGGGCGGUACCAUAUGGUGCAGAAGAACGGGCUCAUCACGCUGCAGGUGGACCACGCCGAGUACGAGGAUACCGGUGUGUAUGCGUGCCACGUUUUCAACAAUUACGGCCAGUCGUUCAACAAGUGCACCGUCGAGGUGUAUGAUACGAGCGAUGAUAUCAUCUGCCCGUCGUUCAGCAUACCGCACCAAAUGGGUGGUAAUUUCCGGGUAGCACCAGAAACACACACAGAGGAAAAAGGGAAAACGAUGACGGGCAGACGGGAGCGCCGGUCGCGGUCGAAAAAGAACCAGCCGGAGGAGCCGGUCCAGGUGGAGGUGACGCCGGCCGAGCCGACGAUGCUGGACCUGCUGAAGAUACCGGGGCGGGGCGAUUCGCCGCGCGAUUUCCGCAGCCUGCACCGGGAAAAGUCGCCGUUCGAGAUCGGCGAGCGGCCGGAGAAGCAGGUCGCGUCCCAGAAGGCCAUCAUCGACAAGGCGCUCGUGAUGGACAUCUCGGGCGGCGUCACGAACGUGGACGAGUACAUCUCGCUGUUCUUCACCGACUCGUGCUCGCUGGAUCCGGCCAGCUGCGGCGACAUCUCGACCGUCAAGGUGGUGGUGGUGGAGGAGGAGAUGGUCGAGCCCGAGCCGCCGAAGCCGGCCGAGGAGCACUCCAAAACGGAGGCGGAGGCGGCCGCCGAGCUGGCCCGCAUACAGGAGGAGGAGGAGGCAGGUAAGUCCGCGAAGGAGCCGACGCCGCCGCCGCCGCCCCCGCCCGAGCCGGAACCAGAGCCGGAACCGGUGGAGGAAGAGGAGGAGGAAGAGGAGGAGGAGGAGGAACCCGAACCCGAGCCGCCUCGGGCGCCGACGCCGCCCCCGCCGAAGGAGCCGACGCCCGAGCCGGAACCGAUAAAGCCACCGCCCGAGCCCGAAUAUGACUCAGACGUAGAGCUGAUCCCGGUGAAGGAAGAGUUCGAUCCGUCGGUGUGGAAGAGCAUCGACAGUCUCGAACUGCAGCUGCAGCAGCAAGCGGAAGCGGAGGCGAAACCGAAAGCGAAGGAGAAAGAGAAGUCCCGUGAAGCGUCGCGCCGCGAAUCGACCACGCAGGAGAUGACGGAACGGGAGCGCGACCUGGAAUGGCAGCGGCAGCGCCAGAUGAUGCGACCGCCGCUGGUGAUCUCGCAUCUGAAGGCGCGUGCCGCCCCGAAGGGCUCGACGGUGAAGCUGACCUGCACGAUCUCCGGCCCGGGCAUCACGGUGCGCUGGCUCAAGAACGGCGACCCGAUCGAGAAGAGCACCAAGCACACGUUCAAGGUGAGCGAGGGCCUGCUCAGCCUGGAGAUCAAGGACAUCGACAAUGCCGACGCGGGCGAGUACUGCUGCAUGAUCAAGAACAAGAACGGCGAAACGUCCACCAGCACCUCGCUGACGGUGUACGAAAAUUACGAAACCAAACCAACGCCGCCGACGUUCAUCUCGAUCAAAGAUGAUGUUUCACUAGAGGACAAGCAGCAGCAGCAGCAGCAGCAGGCACCGGCAGUAGUUGCAAGUGAAGGGCAGACAGCAGAAGCUGCUGCCACUGCUUCUACCCCUGAACAACCGGCAGCAGUAGCAGAAGCUACCGCAGCUGCUGGCGAUGCUCCGGCAGCCGAACAACCCGUCUCGGGCGAUGCCGCACUUCCUCCCUCUGGCGCUCCCCAACCUCCGCCAGCUCAACCGCAGGAACAACCACCUCCUGCUCCUGCCGCCGUCGAAGCACCCGCCGCACCGACGACCGAAGAACAGCCCGCGGGCGAAGAGGGCGAAGCACCGGCCGCGCCACCACCGGAAGUGGGUGGCCAUGCCAAGCACAGGCGAACGGCGCCGGAGAAGUCACCGUCGCCGCCGCCGAUCGGGGGCGAUAUGGCCCGCUACUACCACAAGAAGAUACUGCACCAGCGGGACAAGCUGCAGUGGUCGGUGCACCUGACCAACCGGGCCCUCGUGGCCGGCCACCGGCUGAAGCUGAUGUGCUGCGCCACCGGGUUCGAUCCGACGCUGGAGUGGUUCAAGGACGGGCAGCCAGUCGAGUACGACGACCACAUCGUUGACAUGAACGACAUGCACCGGGGCGCGUACGGCUGCCUGUGGGUCAACGAUGUCACCGUGAAGGAUGCGGGCGAGUACAAGUGCAAGGCGAAGAACGCGACGGAGGAGAUCGAAACCGUGUGCCGGCUGACGGUGGUCGAGCCGGUCAACACGGUGCAAACCUUUGCGCCCACGUUCGUGCGCAUGGUUCGAGAAAACUACGACCCGUACAGCAACAUCCUCACGGUGGAGUUUGUGAUCCGGGCCAAUCCGACGCCAACGCUGACGUGGUACAAGGGCAUCAUCAAGCUGGGCGUCUACCCGGACAGCCACAUGCGCAUCUCGCAGCACUUUGACGAGACGGCCGAGCACACGAUCGCGUCGCUCGUGUUCUACGACCCUUCGUACACGGACAAUGGCGAGUACAUCUGCAUCGCGACGAACACGGUCGGCGAGGCGACGUGCAAGCAUGUGGUCGACUUCUGCAGCAAGGAGCAGUACUUCGAGUGGCUGGCCAAGAAGCGACCCGGCUGGUUUAAGGCCGAAUCGUACAUUGCGGUCGAGCCGCCGCCCACCUUUGGCGAUGGCGAAGCCGGCGAAGAGGAGGAAGACGGUGGCGAGGAGGAGGAAGAGGAAGCGGAAGGUGGCGAGGAGGGAGAGGGACCGCCGAAGGUAAAGCGCGCUCCCAAGCUGCCCGACGUGAAGGAGCUGCCGGAGGAGGAAACGAAAGCGGAGGCGGAAGCGCAAGCCCCGGCAGAACCGCGUAGCGUGCAGAUCGUGGAGCCGGAACCGGUGACGCCGGCCAAGGAACCCGAGCCGGAGCCGCAUUACAAGCGGCGCAAGUCCCGCACGCAGGUAGCGCUGGAAGAGUUCGAGCGGCGCAAAAAGUUCGACUUUGUGUCGCACAUGGCGAACGUGCGGGUCGAGCCGGGCAAGACGCUACGGCUGAUCGCGUACGUGAAGUGCCCGGAGGAGGUGAGCUCCUACUGGAAGCGGGACGGGCGUGUGCUGGGCAACGGGUUGCGCCUGACGCACACCACGAUGCGGUGCGGGACGUGCGUGCUGGAGAUAGAGAAGUGCAAGUACCGGGACGCGGGCAGCUACACCUGCGUGGCCAAGUGCCCGACCUACGGUGAGAUCGAGCAAACGUGCACGGUGUCGGUGGUGGAGAAGACGGAGAUUAAGGGCGAAGCGCCGGUCUUUACCCGCCCCAUGCAAGAAAAGUACGACCCGAUACAGGACGAGCUGACGCUCGAGUGUUGCGUGCGGGGCGAUCCCGAACCGGAGACGGUGUGGAUCGUGCAGGGCGUGUUCAUGCGCCACAACACGGGCGGCCGGCUGUACUUCCGCAAGUACCCGGACGGCCGCCAGCUGCUGAAGAUCUUUCAGCCGAGCAAGGAGGACAGCGGGCGGUACGUGUGCCGGGCGAAGAACAGCGUCGACAAGACGGACAUGUCGUACUGGCUGAACUACAAGAACAGCGACGAGGAUGUGCUGAAGGUGUUCGAGGACGAGCUGCACAAAAAGUCGGAAAAGCCCAUCCUGAGCCGGCACCUGCGGGCGAAGGAUUGCGACUACAAUCCGGAGGACGAGGCGCUGAUCAAGUGGUCGGAAACGCGCAGCCAGCACGACAAGGAGUACGACUAUCGGUACAAGCUGCGGUUCAUUACGCAGCUGCAGGAUAAGACCGUGCCGGAGGGUUCGAACCUCAAGUUUACCUGCUACGUCGACGGCAAGUUCCCGCUGUUCAUGUGGUACAAGGACGACAUACCGCUCGUGCAGGGCCGCAAGUACCGGCAGAAGACGCGCCGCGACGGCAAGGUGACGCUCGAGAUCGUCAACGUCACGACGGAUGACGCCGGCACGUACAAGCUCGAGGCGCGCAACUACGCCGGUAGCAUUGAGACCAAGUCGGCGGUUACUGUUUACGAGAAUCCGUACACCAAGUUCGUACCGCCAAUCUUUGCUAGCAACAUCCUAGGUAAUGAGCCUGAUGGCAUGUGUAUUUGUAUGUGUGUGUGUUUAUCUUACACUUGUUUUGAAUGUUUUGAUUCCCCAGAGUACCAGCAGGCCAGUACAAAUCACUACACAGACAAAUCGUAUACUAACACCGCUACUGUCAGUGGCCACAGCACCAUCUCCCAUCAGCGGUCUUCGACACGGUCGACGGCAAGUGCCGGGUACGAUCACACCAAAGUGAAGGAGUACUACAGAAGACAUCAACAGCACACCGGUACUACCGCCGACCAGCAUCAUGCGUACAGCAGCAGCAGCCGUGAGAGCAGCAGGCAAACGACCUUCGAGCAUCGUCGAUCGUUGCGUGCCUCUACGGGCAGUAGCAGCUAUCACCAUCUUCACAGUAGCAGCAGCCCGUACUAUUACGGUUCCAUGCAGGGGCUUGGCCACUUGAGCCACGGCGAGUCGUCGGGUCGUGAUGUAACAAGCUCUUCAGACGUUGUGGCGAGACAGCGUCGCAGCUACCUCUCUCACUACGACCGGUUGACGACGACGACGACCGGCACAACGAUGCGGAAAUCGCCGACCGUAGCGGACCAGCAGCAGCAGCAGGGUUUGACGAAGGUGGAGCGGACGGAAUGGCGUUCACGCGACUGGGCCCGCAUCAAGCGAACUAGCCCGACGGUGAUGCCACUUACCGAGACGAUGGAGGAUGAUACGGCGGCAAGCGGCCGGCACUCCGUUGGUGGUGGCAGGGGCAGCAGUAGCGGUGGUGCCGUGCAAGCAACCACCAGCACAACGGAAACGGCGGCAACUACGACUCGCGAAGAAUCUAAAUCCCAACGCACCGCCCAGCUUCAAGUGUCCACCGAGAUGGACCGCACCACCACCACCGUCGGUGGUAAACGAUCCCAAACCUACCCGUACCACUACCGGAUGGACACGUUCGCAACGACGUUGUCCCGUGGCCACGACAGUCAGCUUCACAGCUCGCUCGAGAUGUACCAACCGAUCGUGCAGACGGUGUUGCGCGAUCGGCUGGUCAAGCGCGGCUCCAACCUGCUGCUGGUCUGCUCGUUCUGGGGCGUCAACUGUGAGAUCGAGUGGGUGCACAACUACACGAAGCUGAGCAGCGGGGCCAAGUAUCGCAUCUCGCGCCACCAGGGCAUGAGCAUACUGGAGAUCUACGACAUCACGCACCAGGAGGCGGGCAUGUACAAGUGCGUGGUGCGGAACGACUGUGGCGAGGACGUCACGAACUGUUGCAUUCUCGUGCUGGACCACAUACGGCUGUCGUCGACGAAGCAAACCCGACCGGACCGCCACACGCUGACGAGACGGUUUAGAACUGAAGAAACGUACUCGCUGCACUCGAACGAGAUCGUGCUGGAGUGCCGGGUGCGCGGUACGCCCCGGCCGAACAUUGCCUGGAUCAAGGACGGCGAGUACAUCAUCCCGGGCGACAAGUACGAGCAGUACGACCAUGCCGACGGUACCUGCAAGCUGAUCGUGACCAGCCCGGGCGAGGAAGACUCGGGCACGUACACGUGCGAGGCGGAGAGCGGCGGCUGCAGCGACGCGAUCAGCCACAACGUGCAGUUCGUCAGCAAGGAGAAGGUGCUGAUGGAGCGCACGCACAGCGUGUACCACCGGAACCCGAACCUGCCGCACUUCUACCAGGGCCUCGCCGACUACUCGAUCCCGUCCGGCGGCAACAUCUGUCUGGUGGUGGAGGUGCAGGGCAACUGUGAGGUGCAGUGGUUCCGUGACCGCUACCCGGUCACCGGCAAGCCGCCGAAGGUGCGCACGUACAGCGACGGCACCGGCCUGUUUGCGCUCUGCAUUACGGCGGCGACGAUGGACGCGUCCGGCCGGUACGUGUGCCGGGCGACGAACGCGUUCGGCAAGGCGGAAUCCUCCUCGAACGUGGACAUCAUCAACCCGAACGCGAUCAAGGGCGCGAAGCCACCGAUCUUCAUGUCCCGGCCGCAGCCCGAGAUCAAGAUCAGACAGGGCGACACGCUGUCGAUGGCGUUCAAAAUCAUCGGCGACCCGAAACCGAAGAUUCAAUGGAUGAAGGGCACGAAGGAUUUGACCAACUCGCCGCGAACGGUGAAGGAAGUGCACGCGGACUACAUUCGAUUCUCGAUCAAGGAGGCAGUGGUCGCGGACGAGGGUGCCUACUUCAUCGUGGCCAGAAAUCGACACGGCAUCGAUCGUUCGUUCACUAAAGUAUCGAUCAAGCCACCGAGGGGCUACAAGAAGCACCUGGAGGACGAUCUUGAUCGGGAUGCACCCGAUAAGGGCCGGAAAUAAAUGCAUGCAAAGCAGGGCGCUGAAACUUUACACUUGUAGUUUCAUUUUGGAAUGUUACAUUGUGUUUUGACGACGCCACAUUGCUUCUGCGAAAAAAAAAGCGAAGUGAACUAGUGUGGUGGUACUAGGAGCAGCUAAGUUAUCAUUAUCAGCAUCAGCAUCAUCGGCGUGAACAGCGAACCGGCAGCACAACAGCACAAGCCGGCAGUAUAUAUAUAUAGUUCGUCGCCUGUUCACCCUUUAAUCCCUUUAAACGCAUCGAACGUCUGAAUCGCGUGUGGAUGAUUCAAACUUGAAAGAGAUUGCAUUGCGAGAAACAUUGUUUACCUUUUUAGUAAGUUUUAUGAACCCCCCUUCUCUUCCCCCACUCUCUUGUCCUUUUCUCCCAACAACCCCUCUCCCUCCCCCACCCCCAAUCAUUUAGUUAAAGAGAGAAGCUUUCGUGUUUGUAUAUGAAUAAAACAGAAACGAUUUUAAAGAAA